AUGCUGAGCAAGUCCCUCACCCUCCUCGGCGGCGCCCUGGCCGCCGUCGGCCCCGUCCGCGCCAUCUGGCCGAUCCCGAGCGAGAUCUCGACCGGCCACGACGUGCUCUUUCUCAGUCCCGACAUCCGCGUCACCUUGAACGGAGCGCCUCUAUCUCCCAUCACCUCUCGUACCACCACCAACACCACCACCACCCUCAUCCCCGACGCCGUCGCCCGCACCCUCGACGCCGUCUUCAAGCACGGCCUCGUGCCGUGGAUGCUGCACGAUGCCAACUCUGACUACGAGCCCGCGCCCAGCAGCGGCACGGCGACCAUCACGUCCCUCGCUCUCAAAAAGACGGGCAAGGACCCAUGCCGGCCCACGUUUGAAAAGAUGGACGAGUCGUACGCGCUGAACCUGACAUCUGCCGGCGCCGCCACCAUCACGGCCAAGACCUCGGUCGGCAUCCUCCGCGGCCUGGAGACCUUUACGCAGCUCUUUUACCAGCACUCCUCCAGCGACGGCAUCUACACCAACCUAGCGCCCGUGUCCAUCGCCGACGCGCCCGCCAUGCCGUACCGCGCGCUGCUCGUCGACGUCGCGCGGCACUGGUACUCCGUCGCCGACAUCAAGCGCGCCGUUGACGGGUCCGCCAUGAACAAGCUCAACGUGCUGCACCUGCACAUCACCGACACCCAGUCCUGGCCGCUCGAGGUCCCCGCGCUGCCGCUCCUCGCCGAAAAGCACCGCUACGCAAAAGGCCUGACGUACUCGCCCGCCGACCUCGAGGACAUCCACGCCUACGGCGCCGCGCGCGGCGUCCAGGUCAUCCUCGAGAUUGACAUGCCGGGCCACGUCGGCAUCGACCGCGCCUACCCGGGCCUCUCCAACGCCUUCAACGCCAAGCCCUGGGGCACCUACUGCGCCGAGCCGCCCUGCGGCUCCCUCAAGCUCAACGACACGGCCGUCUACGCCUUCCUCGACACGCUCUUCGACGACGUGCUUCCGCGCGUCGCGCCCCACGCGGCCUACUUCCACACCGGCGGCGACGAGUACAAGGCGUCCAACUCGCUCCUCGACCCCGCGCUGCGCACCGACGACACGGCCGUCCUGAAGCCGCUGCUGCACGCGUUCCUGCGGCACGCGCACGCCAAGGUCCGCGCGCACGGGCUCACGCCGCUCGUCUGGGAGGAAAUGGUCGGCCAGUGGGAGGCCCCGCUGCCGACCAACAGCACCAUCGUCCAGACGUGGUUCGGCAGCGACAGCGUGCAAAAGUAUGCCAAGGCGGGGUAUCGCGUCAUUGACACGUCGUACGACGCGUACUAUCUCGACUGCGGGCGCGGGUCGUGGGUCGACUACGCAGACAGCGCCAUCACCGCCAACACCUCGUUCAACUCGUGGUGCGACCCAUACAAGAGCUGGCGCGUCGUGUACAACCACGAUCCCCUCGCUGGGCUCGAGGGCUCAGAGGCGGCGAAGAGGGUGAUUGGCGGCGAGGCGGCGCUGUGGUCCGAGACGGUCGAUGGCCCGACGUUUGACCAGAUCGCAUGGCCGCGCGCCGCGGCGGGCGCCGAGGUCUGGUGGUCGGGCCGCAGGGACCGAAGUGGCAAGAUGCGAUCAAUAUAUGAGGCGCGGCCGCGACUGUCGGAGAUGCGGGAGCGCAUGCUCGCCCGGGGCAUAGUUGGUGGUAACUUGGCUCCUGGGUUCUGCACGCAGUCCAAGCUGGGUGAGUGUGUCUAG